AUGUACCGCACGCGCCAAAUGAAGUCUAGUUGUUGCUCACUGUACAUCAACAUUUUCGUUCAAAAAUCUGUUCAAAUUAGGAGUAAACGUAUACCAAGAUCAAUAAAUGUUCUGAUUGGGCAAUUAUCAGGAUCCGGAGCCUUCUUGCUUGGUCCCCUUUUGCAAGUUGCAAUGGCAACCAACCGUUUUUUAUCUCUAUAUUUCGCCAUAAUGAAAGCGAGAAAUUCUCGCUACCCGAUAACUUCUAUUUGGAUAGGCUUCUCAAUAAUACUUGCAGUUAUUUACACCGUUGUUGGUCUUCCAGAGGAUUGUGGUUUUCUUUACAUCCCAGAAGAAAUGCUAUGGAUCUCAGAAGACGGGGAGUGCUCUCAAUUUCAAUAUGAUAUUUUGUUCUAUACUGUGCUGGUAGCGGGAAUGAGCACCACAGAUUCACAGUUUCGACGGCGAAUGUACAUCCGAAAAUUUUCGCAAUGUGUUCUUCGACUGUCUCCAUGCUUUCGAUAUGAUAAAUUGCUCAUUUACCUACAAACUAGAUGA